GCGGUGUCUUCGGAUAUUGCGCUACAUACAUGCAUGUGCAUUUUUUGAAAACUCCUGUUCCCAGGAUGAUAUAAAGAAGUUAUUUGAUUCACUUGUGGAGUGUAGAUAUUUGGCACCUGUGCAAUUUUGUCCCUUGAUCUACUUAUCUACUUACUGGUUAAUAUACAAAGUGAAGAAGCAUAUAUACAAUUUCUGUUAUGGAAACAGAUAAAUAUACAUUAGUUGUCCGAAAUCUUCAGGAGGUGAUUGGUGAGGAUGAUCUUCAAGUUUUACUAAAAAAGCAAAAUCCAGCCAUGGCUGUUUACUGGGGUACCGCUACAACUGGUCGACCACAUAUAGCCUAUUUUGUUCCAAUUCUUAAACUGGCUGAUAUGCUUCGAGCAGGUAUUAGAGUGACUGUACUCUUUGCUGAUUUACACGCCUACUUGGAUAAUAUGAAAGCUCCAUGGUCUUUACUACGUCUUCGCACAAAGUAUUACGAAGCUGUUAUAAAGGGAAUGUUUCGUUCUAUAUGUGUACCGUUAGACCAGUUACAUUUUGUACGUGGAGCUGACUAUCAGUUGACCGAGGAGUAUUCUAUCGAUGUAUAUCGUUUAAUGGCUUUAACGUCAGUGCAUGAUGCUCGUAAAGCAGGUGCAGAAGUUGUCAAACAAGUGAGUAAUCCACUUGUCUCUGGACUGUUGUAUCCACUGUUACAAGCGUUAGAUGAAAUCCACUUGAAAGUGGAUGCUCAAUUCGGUGGAGUUGAUCAACGGAAAAUAUUCAUGUUAGCUGAAAAGUAUCUACCUCAUCUUGGACAUAAGAAAAGAGUUCAUUUGAUGAAUCCAAUGGUUCCAGGAUUAACUGGUGGGAAAAUGUCUUCCUCUGAAGCUGAUUCAAAAAUCGAUUUAUUAGAUCCACCGAAUUCAGUUAGUAAUAAAUUGGCUUCAUCUAUUUGUCCGCCGAAUAUGACAGCUGAACAAGGCAAUGGUGUAUUGGCCUUUUUAAAAUAUGUCAUAUUCCCUUUAGUUCCAAAAAGAACAGGAUUAUCGAUCCCUCGAACUCCAAAACCAUACUUUGAUUAUUCUCAAGUGGAAAAAGAUUAUCUUGCCAAUAAAAUCCCGGCUGAUUCUCUUCGAUCCAUUGUAGCUGAAUGCUUGAAUGGUCUAUUGGAAACUGUUCAAAAUGAUUUUAAAGAUCCUAGCCUUCAAAAACUUGUCCAUGAUGCCUAUCCAACAGAUGAUAAGGCAUUCAGUAAUUCUGCCGGCCAUGAUGAGAUGACAAUGUUCACAGAUAAAAAGCCUACUGUCUUACAAGAGAUCGAUGAGAGAAUUAAUCAUAUUCCCAAGAUUUCUGAUAAAUCUGCUCUGUUAACGGCAUUUGAAAAUGAAUUCGUGGGUUGUAAAUCACUAUUGGAAGAACGGUUAACUAAAACUGAUCGUUUACGAUGUUUAUGGUCAAUUACACCGUCUGGAUUACCACAUCUUGGUCAUUCAAUUCCCCUGCGGUCUCUGGCGCGUUUAUCACAUCUGGAUGGUGUUUAUAUCAUUGUAUUGAUUAACAAUAUCUCAGCUCAUUUACACGGUUCAUUGACAUGGGAUGUGAUUAAACAACGCGGUGAAUUUUGUCGUGUAAUUUUAACCGGUCUAUUCUCUGCUCUCAAUGGUCGUAUGGAUCGGUUUUCUUGUCUACUUGGCAGUGAUUAUCAAUUAAGCUCGGCAUACAUGUUAGAUUUUUAUCGUUUAGUAAGUUUAGUCCCCGAAACAGAUUGUCUAAUAUCAAGUGAACUAUCUGAAUUCGACAAUAAUAAUCAACUGAUGAAUGGUACUUUGGAUAGUGGUGAUAUAUCAGCCGACUCUUCAUUAUCAUCAGCAUCAUCAUCGUCUGUUCGAUCUUCAUUGGGUGAAUUACUGUUGCCGUGUUUAGAUUUAAUCGAUGCAACACAACUCGGCGUUGAUAUUCGUAUCGCUAGUCCACGGAGAACACAAAAACGACAAAUAUUUCAGUCUAAAUUUAUGCGCCUCUUCCCCGAUUCCCUUGGCGCUCUACACCUUACUCAUCCAAUGCUGUGUUGUCUUCAAGCACCUGUGAAUCCCAAUCAAACUGGCCUUUUAACCUGCCCUCCAAUGAAAUCAUGUCCACUGGCAUCUCGUUGCCUAGGUCCAGCGUCAGCGAAAGCAUUAGCAGCUUUAGCUGAAGACAAUUACAUCCCUUUGGUUGAACCACCUGUUCCAGGGUCAACUGAAAAAUCUCCACUCUCUGGAUUGAAACGUCGAAUCAAACGGGCUUUUUGUCAACCGAAUAAUAUUGAUGUAAAUCCGAUAUUGGAUAUAUGUCGUUGGGUGCUGAUACCAGAGCUGAAACCUGAAGAGCCUUUUAUAAUCCCUCGUUCAGAGAAAAAUGGUGGCCCACUACACAUCACAUGUAAAUCAUCUUCAUUAAGUCAAUGGGAUUCAUUGAAACAACACUUCGCCGAUGGUAGUCUGCAUCCUGGUGAUUUAAAGUCAGCUGUUGAACACCUUUUAUCUAUGGCGAAUGAGAAAAGUUUGGCGAAUCAUUUAAGCAAAUCGCUGCCGAAAUGGGAUGAACUGAUGCGCCUGUUGGAUGAAGCCUUCCCUUUACCAAAAUCGAAGAGUAAAGAUAAGUCAAGUAAACAAAGCAGUCAAAAGCCUACGAAUCCACCGACAUCUAACAGUACUGAUAUUCUUCGUCGACCAGAUAAUCUCAGCGAGGUGAAAAACAGUGAACAAGUUGUGCCUAAAUUGAAUGGCAGUAAUAAGACGCUAUCCAUGCAAACUUCAGGCGAUGAACUCAAUCCAAAUCGUUUAGAUAUUCGAGUUGGAUUAAUUCUAUCCGUGAAGAUUCAUCCGAAUGCAGAUAGUCUGUUUAUUGAAGAAGUUGACUUUGGCGCUGAGAUUGGCAAAAGAACAGUUGUCAGUGGAUUGGCUGGUCUUUAUCCUAUGGAAAAACUUCUUGGUCUGCAUGGUAUAUUUAUUGUCAAUAUGAAACCGGUGAAAAUUCGAGGGAUUGAAUCUCAGGCUGUGUUACUUUGUGCUUCGUAUAAAGAUAAUUCCUCAUCGAUGCUUCGAGUUCAACCAAUUUAUGCAAUGAAAGAGGCCAGUACACUUGGUGAACGUUACAUAUUUCAUUCAACUGACCAGUCAGUGACAACAUCAUCGUCUGUAGUAGAACCUGAUAAACUGUUAAAUCCAAAGACAAAAUUAUGGGAACAUUUAUGUCCAGAUUUAUCAACAUCGCCUAGUCAACAUGUUCAAUGGAGAGAUUGGCGAUUAGGUUCAUUGACUGGAAAACACUGGAUUUGUGUACCAGAUGAAGUUCCUGCAGGUUCAUCUGUUCGUUAAGAAGAAAAAGCAUAUAAAUAAAUCGCAAAUAGAAAUAAAUGAUGAAAACAACGAAAAAGAAUGUAGACUGAUAGGUGGGAAAAUGUUUUUCGUUGUUGUUGUUCUAUUGGAGAGACAGCUGUAUUGUGUGUGUGUGUACAAGUUGCUAUUUGUUUACUCUAUUCUUGUUUCUUCUUCUCUUUCUUUCUUCUUCUGCUUCUUGUUCUUUUCUUUGUGAUAUGUAAAAGAAAUCCAAGUGUGUAUUUUACAUCCCUAACUUUUUAUGACUCCAUUAUCGUACAUGCAAGUGAAAUAAUAAUAAUAAUUUAUUUCUAUGGUC